AUGGCUUUGUCUGAUCAAGAAAAUAACUGGAUGUCGGCAGCUUUUGACCAAGCUAGAGAGGCUCUGACAGCAGGGGAGGUACCUGUGGGUUGUGUUUUUAUUCAUGAGGGUGAAAUUAGAGCUAGGGGGAGAAAUACUGUAAAUGCUACUCACAAUGCAACGAGACAUGCCGAAAUGAAUUGCAUAGAUCAAAUUCUGGAGUGGUGCCAGUCCAAUAAUGUAAACUACUGGGACAUUUUCAAAUACAUUGAUGUGUAUGUGACUGUUGAACCCUGUGGUAUGUGUGCAGACAUUCUUGGAAAACUCUGCAUCAGAAAAGUUGUUUUUGGCUGUUCUAAUGAUAGAUUUGGAGGAUGUGGAUCUGUCAUUGAUGUACCACAGUUAUAUGAUUACUCCUUUAAUAUCAUUAAAGGCGUCAGAGCAGAAGAGGCUAUAGGACUUUUGAAAGAAUUUUAUAGGGGAGAAAACCCUAAUGCUCCAACAGGUAAAGCAAAGAGGAAAAACAGUAGGUGA